CCGAAUGCCCACACACCGAUAUCAACAUGGCGUGUUAGCUUCGACCUACGCGUUUUACGCACGCAUACAUCCAUACAUACAGUACACAAUAUAUUUUAUAUCUGGGUUCAGUACAAUGGCAGGCAGGAAGAAAGAAACUACUUUGCAGGCUUCCGCCACUAAUCAAGAGCAAUGGGAGGAGGUUCUUGCAACCAAGGGGUUAACGGUGGUGGAUGUGUACCAACACUGGUGUGGCCCCUGUCGAGCUGUGAUCAGCCUCCUACGAAAAAUCAACAAUGAACUCGGUGAUGAGCUGUUACAUUUCGCCACUGCCGAGGCAGACAGCAUUGAUGCUCUAGAGAAGUAUCGAGGGAAAUGUGAGCCCACCUUCCUGUUCUAUGGGGGUGGCCAGCUAGUGGCCGUGCUGCGAGGGGCCAAUGCACCUCUCCUUCAGAGGAUGAUCGUGGACCAAUUGGGCAAGGAGAAGUUAGUGCUGGAGCAUGGCGGUCAACGUAAAGUGGUUGUAGAUAAUGAUCUCACAGAUGGUGAGAAGAUAAAAGAGCAGUGGACCCAUCAUCAUUCAGAGGAUGGAGAAAGCAGAAUAGUUGCUGCCACUAAGUCCAUCACUGUGGCUAUCAUCAAACCGGAUGCUGUUGCUCACGGCAAGGCUAAUGAAAUCAUUAUGAAGAUACAAGAUGCGGGGUUUGAGAUCCUGGCCCAAGACGAACGGAUGUUGACCGAGGCCCAAGCGGGAGAAUUUUACCAGCACAAAGGCACAGAGGAGUGUUUCAAAGACCUGGUGCAGUUCAUGUCGAGCGGGCCCUCACGCAUUCUGGUUCUCUCUCAGCUCGAGGACUCAUCCGACGUGGUACAAAACUGGCUCCACUUCAUUGGCCCCGCAGACAUUGAAGAAGCCAAGCGAGAAAAGCCAGAGAGCUUGCGGGCGCAAUACGGCACCCGCACGCUGUUCAACGCCGUGCAUGGCAGCGAGGACAGGGAUCAGGCCGACAGGGAGCUUGCCUUCUUCUUCCCCGACUUCAGCACAGCCCCGGGAAAGGCGCAGGAUGCUGAGGAAGAGCGUGUGGAGAGGACGCUGGCUCUCAUCCGGCCUGACGUUGCCAGGGGAAACCGAGAGGAGAUUCUGACCCAUAUAAACAAGUCAGGCUUCAAAGUGUCUCUGCAAAGAGAGGUGAUGUUGACAGAAGAACAAGCCAGAGUAUUUUACCUCCACUGCAGUGAGGAAGACUUCUUCCCUGCACUGCUGCAAAGCAUGACGAGAGGGCCAGUGCUGGCUUUGGCUCUCACCAGAGAAGAUGCUGUUCAACACUGGAAGAACAUGCUUGGACCUUUUGAUCUUAAAAGAGCCAAGAAAGAGCAUCCUGAAUGUCUUAGGGCCCGUUUUUCCAUGGAAGGAGAUCCGGUCAACCAGCUGCAUGGAAGUCAGUCUAUUGAGGAGGCCUCAAGGGAAAUCAGCUUCUUCUUUCCCGUGCAGCAAACACUGGCCGUCAUCAAACCUGACGCCGUUGACCAACACAAAGACAUGAUUUUGGAGGAGAUCCAUAACAGAGGGUUCUCCAUCAGACGAAUGGAGGAGAAGCUUCUCUCCAGGGAAAUGGCCGAAGGUUUCUACAAGGAGCACAGGGAGCGGCCUUUUUUCAGCCAGCUUGUGGAGUUCAUGUGCAGUGGUCCCAGUGUGAUGAUGGUCCUGGAAAAGGAAAAUGCAGUGGAGGAGUGGAGGGCCGCCAUGGGUCCCACAGAUCCCGACCGGGCAAAGGCGGAGUUCCCCGACUCUCUGAGAGCCCGCUUGGCCUCCGACGUCCUUCGUAACUCCGUGCACGGCUCUUCGAGCCAGAAGGAUGCCCAGGACGAGAUCCAGUUCAUCUUUGGUAUACAAACUGAGCUCACCGACACUUUAGAUAAAAACACAAAUGAUGCCACUCCAGAUAAACAACAGCAACAGUAUGAAGGUGAUACACAGGAAUCAAACCCUUACAGUCCAACCACCGAAGUGAAAGAAGGAUCAGAGUUUUGA